GCUCCGUAAUCGGGGCACCCUCCGACCUCCAGAAAGGGAAAUCAAUUGAAAUUCAACAAAAUUUCAGUGAAGGUGACGCAUUCUCACAAAAGAGAGCAUUUGUGUUUCUUGGCAUAGGCAAGCCGAUUGUUUACUUCUGUUCAUCCAUCUCCCGUUGGUUUCUUUCUGUGAAACUAUCACCACUGGGUUCAACCCCUAGUAGUAAACCACUUUCACUCCAGACACAAUGGCGUCUUCCCAGCAGAUCGAAAAGUUCGUCAUCAAGACGCCUUGCUCGAGCGCCAACAUUGGCCCCGGCUUCGACGUCAUCGGCCUGGCCUUGUCCAUGUACCUGGAGCUCCAUGUCACCAUCGACCGCUCCAAGACGACUUCGGACAAGCCGCUGAACUGCCGCAUCACCUACGAGGGCCAGGGCGAGGAGGAUAUCAGCCUGGAUCCCGAGGUCAACCUUAUCACCCGUGUUGCGCUUUACGUCCUCCGCUGCAACGACCAGCGCAGCUUCCCCGUCGAGACUCAUGUGCACAUCAAGAACCCCAUCCCCCUCGGAAGAGGUCUGGGUUCUUCCGGCGCCGCUGUCGUUGCCGGUGUCCAGCUCGGCAAGGAGGUCGGCGGUCUGCACGACCUCACUCCCGAGCGUCUCUUUGACUACUGCCUCAUGAUUGAGCGCCACCCCGACAACGUCGGCGCCGCCCUCUUCGGUGGCUUUGUUGGCACCUACCUCAAGCCCCUCACCCCCGAGGAGACUGCCCGCACUGAGAUUCCCCUCAGUGAGGUCCUCCCCGCCCCCGCCGGCGGUGUUGACACGGGCGUCAAGCCCCCUUCGCCUCCCCACGGCAUCGGCCACCACAUCAAGUUCCCCUGGGCUCCCGAAAUCAAGGCCGUGGCCAUCAUUCCCGAGUUCGAGGUCCCCACCGCCAAGGCCCGCGAGGUUCUUCCCGCCGAGUAUCCCCGUGCGGAUGUUACCUUCAACCUCCAAAGGAUAGCCCUCCUCCCCGUCGCCCUCGGCCAAUCCCCUCCUGACCCGGAGCUCAUCAACCUGGCUAUGCAGGACAAGCUGCACCAGCCGUACCGCCAGGUCCUCAUUCCCGGUCUGACCAAGAUUGUCGAGUCCAUGACGCCCGCCACGCAGCCCGGUCUUUUGGGCGUGUGCCUGUCCGGUGCCGGCCCGACCAUCUUGGCGCUGGCGACGGAAAACUUUGAGACGAUUGCCCAGAAGAUCAUUGAGGAGUUCAAGUCCAACAACAUUGUCUGCCGUUGGGAGCUGUUGGAGCCUGCGGAUGGGACUACGGUUACUAGGGCUUAGAUGCCCAUAGAAUUGGAUGAGAUGAGAUGGGAUGGGAUGGGGUUGCCUGUGAAACCCGUGAUAGGGUAACCAGGUGGUAAAGAGGUGGAGGAGAGGCUGGCAAAAGCGGGAUUGGGCAGUGAGCCGGCUUAGACACUGGAGAAAACGAACAAAAAAACAGAAGAAAAUCUUGUGAUACCCCUCAUCCCUCAUCCCGAAGCUUCCCGCGAGGUCUCUUGGUAUUAAAUGGUCACGAGAUGCUGAUGAUCGUACGAGAAUUCUACCGAUAUUAUGUUUCUCUGUUUCUGGCAAGCCCCCCCGGGGCCGCCCACCAUUUCAAAAGAAGGGAUAACUAACUCCCGCCUCCAGACUCGUUCAAGUUUCAAGGCGCAAAAGCCACGCCGUAUCCUUACGCGGCUCCAUCUGCGUUUGUCUUCCGGGUGCAUCCGUGUCCCGCACUUAACGGGUUCGCGAUCGGCUGACGUGUGGAGCCCCCCCGACGACAUGGCGGCUCGGCGGGUAUUGGACGGGCUCCGCUUCGGGGACCGGAUGUGGUCUGUCCAUUGCCGCGUUGCGGGGCUCCGCUCGAUCCGGGAAGAACCGAGAAAUUUCACGAUGGCUUCAUUCCGUAGUUUUCCGGCGGUCUAAGUCUCACAAGUUGUGCAAGUUCAAGUGCUGGAAUUUGAACUCGGAUCAAAGUUUCUUGGUACGUACAUGGCAUCGCGACUCGGAUCCCAGCCAGGCCCGGGCCGGAAGAUGGCAGCUUGUGCCCGCUGUCAGAUGCCAAACGGCAUCAAGCGCGGAAAGUGUAUGUAUCCGCCAAUUUUGCAAUCCGUCGUACUUAUUUCGGGAAAACUCGC